AUGGAUCAAGCAACAUUUGAUCUGUCUGCUUCACCCACCCAGGCAUUCAUAGCACCUGAUAUGCACCUUUUGGAUGGCAGCAAUAAACCUGAGCAGCUGUCCCUUGAUAAGACUGUGGAGGAAGCUUCAAGCAUCAAGCAGGAUUUUCAACUGGAGUCAGACACAAAGCAUUCGCAUUUUGACGUUGCAUUUGACGAAAUAUUGAGUUCACACCUGGGAUUUGGUCACAACAACGGUAUUAUGGAUGACAUAGGUCAUCGUGAUAGUCUUGAAAGCAUCCCUGAGCCAUCUUAUAUGGACUUCGAGCAGUAUGUGCACAGUGAUGCGGCUCAAAACAGGGCUUUUCUGCAUAACUCUAGUUCCUCCGGAUGUGGAACACUUGGUGAUGCAUGGGCUUGUCAUUCAACUACCGUAACGCCUCUAGAUCCUACUGUGCAGGACCCUGAAGUUCUGUCAUGUUUCGGGAAUACCCAAAAAAUAGAGGCCGACACCAGUGAUAGUGGGCCGCAAGCUGUCUCCCAUACUGCUGUUGAUGUCCCGGCCACAGAAUUGAUGGAUACAAGCACCGCCAGCACACAGGCUAUCACGGAGGGCCAGGUCGCCGAUACCCCAGACACAGAAGGAACUGGAAUCCUGCUGAGGUUUAAGUCUGCCGCCGAGGCGAAUGCAUAUGCACCACAAAAGUGGCCAACGCCCCUUAAUGAUCCCACUAUCCCGCAAUCUCAGGAAGGCCGUGAAGCGAUUGUCCGGGAACUCAUGGAAGCGAUGUACUGCCUCACAGAAUCAAAGGACAAUGAUGGAAUGGUCAGACCUUGGAGAGAAGGUCGAUAUAGCCACCACCGUGUGGAAAUCUCGUGCUGGAAUGUCUUGGUAAGGCCUCUUGUGGUAAACAUUUUCUAUGUUGGGCCACCUUUAACAUUGUUUCAGGAGGCAUGCGUUGAGCGUCAUGAAACUGGGCCCCUUCGGUACUUGUGGGACAACAAGGAUAACAGCCGACCCGACAGCAUUGCAACGUUUGAAGAACGGAUAGCGAUCAUUACCAAGAUCCUAAAAGAACGCAAGACGAUAUGCAAGCGGCUAAUUGAUGUGCCUUUCUUCCUCAAUUUUAUCGACGACCCCGGAUAUCAAGCGAAUAGAGUAGAACAAAACAAGGGACUAAAUGCGAAGAAGGGGAUGGUGAUCAAGGCUGGCAAAAGCGCGUUGGAAAAAGAAGAAAGGGAGACCGGCAAAGCUUUACUCCCUGCUCCCAAAGGACGACACAAGAAGAGCAACUCUUCUGCUACUGAGCCCCUGACUCCCCCUGAGCUUUCUCGGCCGGUAAAACGGCAAAAGAGGGCAUCCGUGAGAACCCCAUCUCUUGCAAAUGUCUCUACAGGUGUUGCUACAAACGUUCCCCUUGAUCCAUAUCUCAACAAUCCUCUUCCAGGUCUGAAACUGGAGACUCCUUCGAGUUCGACAAGCAGCGCCUUCGGAUAUACGCAAGCAAGUAAUCGUUCCACUAUGCAGUUUAGCACAUCUAUCAAAGCAGAUCCUCAUGUUGAUAUUCUUCAGUUCAACGACAACAGCCAUGCCACUCAUUGUAAUGAAUACGGCGUUGGACUAUCUCGAGUAAUGGCGACUUACAGACCAAGCGCCUAUGCUACUCCUAUCUCCGACCUCUCGCAAAGUUCAAGUCCAUCGGUUAACAACCUCAGAGCUCAAGGGAAUCAUGCUUUUGGUGCCCAUUCUGGAUCUUUCCCAAUGCAGGGGAUUCAACCACCACACUUCAUAACUGUGGGAGCUCAAACACCUCAUGUUUCAACAUGUAAUAUUCAGACAUAUCACAGCUCAGUCGUCCCGACCUCGAACAUUCAAAAAAGUCUCAUUCACCAACAGGGGAUUCAUUCUUCCAACUUUCCAACUCCAGCAAUUCAGGUCCCCAAUGCUUCAGUAUCUGAGUUCGCCAAUCAGGUCGGCGUUCUGUCAGAACCCAGUUUUCAGCAACAAGCUCCGCUUCCAAUGCCCCAUGACUAUCAUUUUCCCACUUUAUGUGACCUGCAAGACGCUCAAAGCUUUGGAUUUGCUGAACCACUACAGGUUCCAACUACGACUAGACCCUAA